GAAUCUAAUCCAACGGCAGAACGGAAAACCCUAAGGCUCGUUUAGGUUUAUAUUAUGAAAGAAAUGUUUGUCUUUAUUUUUUCUCAUCUUUAGACAUCUCACUCUCUCUUCUCUGCCGAUUUCUCCGUUCUUCAAAAUUUAAGUUUUUUCUGCUAAAAAGUUGCUAUGGGUAAGGAGAAGGUUCACAUCAACAUUGUUGUCAUUGGCCAUGUCGACUCUGGAAAGUCAACAACAACUGGUCACUUGAUCUACAAGCUUGGAGGUAUUGACAAGCGUGUGAUCGAGAGGUUCGAGAAGGAAGCUGCUGAGAUGAACAAAAGGUCAUUCAAGUAUGCCUGGGUGCUCGAUAAGUUGAAGGCUGAGCGUGAGCGUGGUAUCACCAUUGAUAUUGCCUUGUGGAAGUUUGAGACAACCAAGUACUACUGCACUGUCAUUGAUGCUCCUGGACAUCGUGACUUCAUUAAGAAUAUGAUUACGGGUACUUCUCAAGCUGACUGUGCUGUCCUUAUCAUUGACUCCACAACUGGAGGUUUUGAAGCUGGUAUUUCCAAGGAUGGGCAGACCCGUGAGCAUGCUCUCCUUGCCUUCACUCUUGGUGUCAAGCAAAUGAUUUGCUGCUGCAACAAGAUGGAUGCCACAACCCCCAAGUACUCAAAGGCAAGGUAUGAUGAAAUUGUUAAGGAAGUUUCUUCCUACCUGAAGAAGGUUGGUUACAACCCUGAGAAGAUUCCAUUCGUCCCCAUAUCUGGUUUUGAGGGUGACAACAUGAUUGAGAGGUCCACCAACCUCGAUUGGUACAAGGGUCCAACCCUCCUUGAGGCUCUUGACCAGAUCAAUGAGCCCAAGAGACCCUCUGACAAGCCCCUCCGUCUCCCACUUCAGGAUGUCUACAAGAUCGGUGGUAUUGGAACUGUCCCGGUGGGUCGUGUUGAAACCGGUACCCUUAAGCCUGGAAUGGUUGUUACAUUUGGACCUUCUGGAUUGACCACUGAAGUUAAGUCUGUUGAGAUGCAUCAUGAAGCUCUUCAAGAGGCUCUUCCUGGUGACAAUGUUGGGUUCAAUGUGAAGAAUGUUGCUGUCAAGGAUCUCAAGCGUGGAUAUGUUGCCUCCAACUCCAAGGAUGAUCCUGCCAAGGAGGCAGCCAACUUCACCUCCCAAGUUAUCAUUAUGAACCAUCCAGGACAGAUAGGAAAUGGUUAUGCACCUGUCCUCGAUUGCCACACCUCCCACAUUGCUGUCAAGUUUGCAGAGCUCUUGACCAAGAUUGACAGACGAUCUGGUAAGGAGCUAGAGAAGGAGCCUAAGUUCUUGAAGAAUGGUGAUGCCGGUAUGAUUAAGAUGGUUCCGACCAAGCCCAUGGUUGUGGAAACCUUCUCCGAAUACCCUCCACUUGGACGUUUUGCCGUUAGGGACAUGAGACAGACCGUUGCUGUUGGUGUGAUCAAGAGUGUGGAGAAGAAGGACCCAUCUGGAGCCAAGGUGACCAAGUCUGCCGCCAAGAAGGGUGGCAAGUGAACUUUGGUUUAGUCAGUUUUUGUUUUGUGAGAUCCGUAAUUAAUUCCUUGAGUAUUUGGUUUUUGCUUUUUAGACGAUGAGGUUUUCAGACAACAUGGUUGUGUGCUUGAGAGUUAACUCGCAACUGAUCUUUCACUACUGAUAAGAAAAUGAGUGGACUUCAAGCUUCUAUCAGAA